GCGCACUUUGGAUCUGGGGCAUGCUGCCGUCAUCCCUAUGAUGGCAUUCCCUACGCUCCUCGCAAGUUCGCGAAAUGUGUAUUCUUACAUUUUUCCAAUUUGUGAGGGUCCCCAAUAAAAGCGCGUCUGUACCUGCCUUCACCAGAGGCAUUCCCGAGCAUACCUUUUACCUUUUAAACCAUUGUGCUAUCACCUUGUUUCCUACCCUCUCCCUUCUGUCUUGUCGUCUUUUUAAUGGACGCUAGUCACCUUCCUGGCUACUUCUCGAUUUCCUUGGUAAUGGAAGAAAGGCGUUUGCCCAAUAACUUUCCAGACGGCCACAUCCAUGGAUAUCGACACCACCCACCGACAAACAGCGCACAGAAUAACGUCAAUGUACCGGUAUCAAAUGACGGCGAUCAGUGCCUUGAAGACGCACAACUAAUACUGGGACGCGACGUCACCUUUGUAAGAUCUGGGGUUGUCUGUCUUUGCGCGUGGCUCAUCUCCACGUAAAUUUGCUACUGGUAGACGAUCAUUGGAGACGAUGACACGUUCGACGCGCGGAGGGUGGUAGAGAAUCUAGCUAGUGCUCAUACUACCGGUGCCAACCCGGGAACGGCCUUGCUGAUCCGCGUCCCGCACAACAAGCUGGACAGUUUUCGUGAGGUGCGUAAGCUCGGAUACAUUUACAAAAUUUCUCUUGCACGACACAAUCUCAUAUCUUUGUACGUGAUGUAUAUUGAUAGGCUUUGAGGGAGCAUCUUGUCAGGCGUUCCCAACAGGUCAUCGAAAGCGCUGGUCAAACUAGUUUCUGGAGAGGGAGGGAACCCUUCAUGCGCCCUACUCUAUCACGUUCGCUUUCGCUCCCAUAGCAUCCUGCCUCCCCGUGUACUUGAGGCAACCCUCUUUUUUUUCAUCCGUUCUCAUUUCGCCUAUCUGUUUUGUAGUUGGUUCGCAUCAUACACGACAAAGCAAUCUACUGUUCUGGUUCGUUCCACUGUAUCUCAAUUGUUCUUUGUCCCGGUUUGCGCGGCAGAUGCUACAUUAUACCAGCGGAAACAGUGACC